AUGGCCGACGACUAUAGGCGUCAGGGCUUUGAGCUGGAAAGACGGAUUUUUGAGUUAGAUAACAAGUGUGCCACCCUCAGGACAGAAAAACAAGAUGAUGACUAUUUACAGAAUGCUUCUGCCAUUCUAGACAAGUUGAAAAACUAUUACAGACAAGGGGGAGAGAGUAGCAGUCUCCCCAAACUGCUUCAGGAUUACACGCAGGUGGUCCUGGACAUCACAUUCUAUGAGGAGAACAGACUGGUUGAUCAGGAGUUCCCUGAGGAGAGCUCCCCGUUUAAGAUCCAGCAGCUGCUGCAGGACCUGACUGAGCCGGAGGUGCUGGCUGGGAGGUUGGCGCCUACCCAGGAGGUGCAGUCUGUACUAGGGCUGGAGCUGCUGGAGUGUCUGUACUGGAGACGGGGAGCUCUCCUCUACAUGUACUGCCACACCCUUCAUCAGAGGAAACAAUGGAUCAAGAAGAACAAAGCCACAUUCCUUAAGUGUCUGCAAGAAGGUGUGCGAUACCUCAUGAGAAUGCUGCAAGUGAGAAACUCAGUGAAGCUUAAUGACGGUGUCGUUUUUCACGACUCUGCAACUGCCAAUUUUCUGGCUGAAGGUAUCUUCUCAGACACCCAUUUGCUGACCAUGAUGUACAUAGGAGAGAUGUGUUUCUGGGCGGUAAAGUAUGAGGACUGCAGCAUGGACACGACGGAGCGGAAGGAGGAGCGGCUGCAGUUUCGGGACAUCGGCACUCAGAUCCUGCAUAAGUAUGUCCUGGCAUGUGAGGGGCCCCUCCAGGGCCAAGGCUGGAACACAGAGAACGCCAAGGAAAUCCUUAGUAUUUUACAGUAAUUUAAAACAACUGGGCACAGCUGCAAGGAAUUGUAGAGUUUUACCUUUCUUAAUGAAGGUAAAAUGCUUGAAAAAAAAAAAAACAAAAAGAAACAUUUAAAAAAAAUAAAAUAAAAAUUA